GAACACGCCACAGAUACCUCUGAAAAUCAAGCUUGACCUCGUCAGACGAAGUAGUGUCACUGAACUGUUUGACUCCCAACUGCUUGCGUAUGCUUUCGAAGCCAAUCUUCUCACGUCAUAUGAUUUUGCUGCUGUUCCGAUCUUUACUGAAUAUCUUACUCCACCUAUAGUCCAAAUGGGAUUGAUCGUCUGCCGAGGAGUUGAAAUACCCCGGCUCUCGCCUGGUCUUGUUGAUGUUGAUAUCGAGAAGAUGGUCCAAACAUUUGACAAUUUUAGCAUCCAGGAACUCGACGAUUUGCAGUAUAUUGAUACCAUACCCUUUAACGGCGUAAACAGAUCCAUUCUUGCAUUCUUCUCCGGACUAUUCAAAUUUCUUGAAAGGAUGGUGCACAAAUCUGAGUCCACUAGAUGCUUCGAGGAGGGCAGCGCAGCAUAUAGUCGAGAUCUUGCAAUGAGCAUGGCAACUAGUCCCGAACUCCUUGGCAACGAGGUGCCGAACAGAGUCGGUUCUCUCUCAGCGGAAAUUUUUCGGCAUGAUGCACGGAAUGCCGACUACAGAUGUUUUCCAAGAAAACUCCAGGAAGGAAAGUGGACCUUCAUGCUUAUUUCAGACGUCCCAGAUGGCCUCGAAAACUCCACAAAGUACCCGCUGUGGAGAUAUGCAUUCAUAACUGCGGCUCCUUCCCACCGAGGUUCGAAGAGAAAGGCUCCAGGCUUUGGAUUUGAGGGUGAAAAUUGUCCUUCAAGUACGUGGAACAGGUUGCCAAGGUCGACACCGGACAUUGUCAUAGCGGAUAUCGGCGCAUAUCUGGGCAGUAUAAUACCGAGUGAGGCGAUGGGAGUCAAAGAUACAAGGCAAAAGGUGUUAGAGGCUUGGCAAGCUGCAAUGUGGCGGAAGAUUGAGGUGACUUACCGGAGACGUGGUGGACCGGACAGGAAGCGCACUUCGUGGAAACGACCUAAGCUCUGUAGCAGAAAAGAGGUGGAGUCCUGGUUGGGAUCAUCGGAUUUUGAUGAAGCUAAGCAGGAGAAAUGGCGUAAAGAUAGACUAGAAAUGAGAAGUUGAGGGCAGAGGAAGACACAGAUAUCUGAGGGGCGCACCUAGCAGUUGGAAAA